AUGUACAAUGUAUCUCGGACUCGGACUCUUCCGCCGGUACCUGAUAUCGUUAUCUUCGAAGAACAGGAUCGCCUGCGCUUCCUCGACGCACUCCAGACUGCACGUCUCUCCAUCGUCGACCCACUGUCCUACCCGAACGUAACCGAUCUGGCUGUAUGUCUGUUCGCACGCGAACUGAUAUUCCUCUUCAACGUUAUGACCAUAACAGACCGUCGGGUGGUAACAGUCGAUACAUGUGACGCCCUAGACAACAUUGUAUCUGUCUAG